CUUUCUGGAAUCGUGGGACAGUUUGCAUGAUCCCAGUGCCUGUGAAGAUAAGCUUAAGCACAGCAGAGUAAAGAGUACAUGCAGACUGGACAAAAAAAAAAGUCAAGUCAGAGACUGAUGUACACUGGAAGAAGAUAUCCACAAGAGAAUAAUAAUGGGGCUUCUGUUCUUUAGUUCUGCUAUUUUUCUCUUGUCUUCUGUGCUGUAUUCACUCUUUGGAUUUUCUUCAGUCUUAAGCCAGGACCUGAGAGAAAGAGAUGCACUUUGUAAUGCAGAAGGCUGCUUUGUGAUUUACUUUGAACGUAAAAUCUUCCUAGACUCAUGGAGGUCCUGCAAAGAGAAAGGUGGAAAUUUGGCUACCAUCAAGCGCAAAGAGGAGGCCAUCGCUAUUGCCACACUUUUCUCCACUGUGGACUUGCGGUGGUCACGUACCAAGCUCAAAGUGUGGAUUGGCUUGCAACGUCAACCUCGUCAGUGCAACUCAAAUUCACUAAGGGGUUUCUCUUGGACAACUGGCGAUCAAGACACAGAGUAUACCAACUGGCAAACAGCGGACUCUCCUGAUAUGUGUUUGGUAUCUCUCUGUGUGUCUUUUGACUACGACACACUACAACACAGUGAUAACUUCAAAUGGUUUCAUGGUCCAUGCUCUACCCCUGCUGAUGGAUAUCUUUGCCACUUUGCUUACAACGGAAUGUGUUCGCCCUUGUCAAGUGAGGGUUCAGGAGUUGCCCUUUAUAAAACACCUUUUAACCUGCUGAGCUCAACCCUAACCCAUCUACCAGUCGGAUCUGUUGCUAAUUUACAAUGCCUCACAAAUGCCAAUCAGAAAGUUCAGUGUGUGAAGAGGACAAAUGAUGGUUCAGUAGGAUGGUCUCCUGAACCGCUGUUUUGCUCAAAUCCCUCAAUUUCACACCAGUUGUGUGAGCGGGGUAAUGGUGGAUGUGAACAUUUCUGCACACAAGUCGGUGGUCAGAUUUCCUGUGACUGUGCAAAAGGUUUUCAUCUCAGAUACGACGGACAGACCUGUGAGCCUGACGUUUGUCAAGGAGUCCCCUGUGAGUUUGAGUGCUUGCCUCUUUCAGACGGCUACCGCUGUGCCUGCCCUGACGGAUACAUGCUUGCACCAGACGAACAUGCUUGUCUAGAUGUGGAUGAGUGUCUUCAGUCUCCUUGUCAGCAGAGAUGUACAAAUUCGCCAGGGACAUUUGAAUGUCAGUGUCUGGAGGGCUAUCUCAUCAAUGAAAUAGGGGAAUGUGAGGAUAUAGAUGAGUGCUUGGAUAACGUAUGCCAACAUGCUUGUGAAAACAUUCUAGGCUCCUAUACCUGCCAUUGUCAUCUGGGUUUUUCAGUUGAUAGAGAAGACCCCACACAAUGCCUAGAUGAUGAUGAGUGUCAGAUUCCUGGGAUGUGUGAGCAGAUGUGUACGAAUUAUGUGGGUGGUUUUCAGUGCUUCUGUAAGUAUGGCUAUGAACUUUCGUCUGAUCAGUCAACAUGUCAGAAAAUAGGGAACAAUCAGGUUGGAUCUACCACUCUCCCCUUUCCUCAUGUUGGACAGAUUGAACUUGGAUGGAAUGCUGUUUUGUCCCCCUGGAGCCCAGAGCCAACCACCGAUCCCUGGCCAGAAAAUCAGGAGCAACUUCUGGACUGGCUGACCAAUCCAUCAACAGCCUCCAAACCUGAGGAAAUGUGGGAUACCGGUGCCUCACAGGACAAACCCAGGACUAGCUUAAGCACUGUGGAUGACUUUUAUGAGGAUGAUGAAGAGGAAACUACUACAACUAUACCAUUCCUUUCCACAUCUAAAAUCUCAGAGGGAGCUUGGAAUUGGUGGCCAUCGUUUUCUACUUCCACUCAAAGUUUGGACAAUCCACAUACAGAUUCAGACAUAAAAAAAGAAGCAGAGCAGGAAAAGUUCUCUCCCCAUGAUUACCCCCAGUUCCCUGGGCAGGAGUCUGGAAAGGAGGGAAAGAAUUAUGAGGAAAUUACACACUCUCAAGACCCCACUGUUCCCACACCGAAGCCACCACCCCCAUUCCUGAAUGGGGGUGGUGGAAAUGGGAACAACCUGGAUUCUGUCCAAGACGAUAGGGAGCAUAAACAGAGCAACACUGGGCUCCUGGUUGGCCUGCUUGUGCCCAUCUGCAUCUUCAUCAUGGUGAUGGUGGCACUGGGUAUUUUCUACUGCACUCAUUGUGGCGCGAAGCCAAGAAACAAGAAUGCCACUGGCACCGAGUGCUACCACUGGAUAUCUGGUGCUCAUGACAAACAGGGGGCACCUGGCCCCUCAGGGGACAAGGCCACCGUUUAGAUCAUAAAGACAGAAACUGAGAUUUAAACUGAGAGACAGUUUUAGUCACAGACAAUGAAAAACCAAGUGGGCAAAAGUUUUAAGUGCAGUAAUAUCUGUGACUGUGGAAAUGAAAACUUUUUGAUUCUAUUGCUUUUCUUAAAAACAUAUGGUAAAGGAACAAAAAAAUUGACAGUGUCUAGUACGUUUCUGAUUGCAAAAACAGUUAGACAUAUUAGGAUUUCAAAAGAUAAUUAAGAACAUUUCUAUUAUAACAGUUUUUAAAAAAUAUAUAUAAUUUAAAUGGGACCGUUCAUAUUAAUGAAGGUAUAGUAUUAUAUACUGGUUGCUAAUAAAUCACUGUAAUGCUACAAGAGAUCUUUCCUGCCCACAGCCAUCACCAUCUUCAAUAACUCUGAAGAAUCCAAAUUAAUAAGUUAAAACAACAUCUAAUCUCCCUUUGGGACUAAUAACAUAUUUUUGAAUUUGAAUUUAAUGCUAAAUUUCAUCACAUAAAACAAAGAAUACAAGAUGCAAACAUUCAUAAGAAACAAAAACUAUAUGCAGUCGGAAAACCUAUUUUAAGAUCCUUACAUAAAAAAAUGAAUGUUUAAUAUUUACAAAACAAUGUCACUAGGUAACUAAAACACAAAAUUCCUUUUUGCAUUUUAAUUAAAGCAAACAGUUAUAACAGCUGAGAUCUGUUACUGCAGUUAUUGAAAAUAGUGACUUAGUAUUAUUUUAUCUUUCUGAGAUGCUUGACUUUGCUUGAAUUUUUUUCAGUAUUUAUGUUUAUUUCAAAUUGGUAUCAAAUACAAUGUAAACACUUUUACAGAAGGAUAUUUUUUCAUAUGAAGAGCACUUCUUUUUUUCACUUUAAGAUGACAAUGUUUCAAUGGGGUGAUAUUAUACUUGUAUUUUACCUUUUUUAAGAUUUUGUCAUUUUGAUUUAUUUUUACAAUAGUUAUUUUGUGAAAUUUUGAAAUUAUUGCAGCUGUACGCAAAUUUUUUAAAUGCAGUUUUUUAAUGUCACUGUACAUGUUCUGUAACAUAAAGAUCAUUGUAGUUAAAUAUCAUUCUAAAAUUA